CCUUGAGGCCCGAGGGAGGUACAAGUACAUGUUUAAUUAAGGAAACUGGUGAUGAAAUGAUAGACAGGAGUCGACCAAGCUGAAACACUUGAUCACCCUCUUGUACAUGAGGUACUGUACUGUACUGUACUGUAGUGACAUGUCCCUUUCCGGGUAAAGUCAAGGGACCCUGCGACCGUUUGUCACUUGUGUACAGUCAGUUAGGUCGUCAUUUCAUCUUGUCUUGUCCUGAGUUUCUUGAUGCCGCUAAAUUAAUUCAGUUUAGGUCUACGAGCGAGAAUGCCCCACGUUACGUUGCGCCCCGUUGCCGAGCGGGUGGCGCAGUACAAGACCCAAGAGGCAAAAUCACAAAAAGACGGCGGGGAAACGGUUUUCUCUCGUAAAGAACCUUAAGGGACAGAGCCAAUUACUUGAGCGUCAGAUAUCAAACUGAAACGAGAGGUUGAGAGGGGGCCCAUAGGUACAUAGAUGCAGCUGGCGAUCUAAUUCCAGCAUCAAAUUCCAGUCGCGAACCCUGCAGCAACAGAAGAUCUCCAGAGACCAGCCUUGCAAAUGCACAAGCGAUGAUGUAAGGCUGCUAGCGUAGACAGCGGCUACCUACGUCACUAGACCCAGGACAAAGACCGGGGGCCAUUCCCCACUGCUCCCCGGAAUUAGGGUGCGGUUACAGGGGCCUAUUCCCAUUAUUGAGGAACUUUCUCUCUGUCUGGGAGACAGCAAUGAGAAGAAAAGAGAUGAGAUGAAAUGGAUUCAGAGCACGAGGAUGAAUCGGCCAGAUCGCCGUCACACAAGUAAUCGUGCUGAGCGACACUGAGGAACAUGCAAUUGCCCACCAAAAACUUGGAGCGUAUAACCACGAGGACGGUUCGCCAGGUACCUAACUACAGUACUGUCACCCACCAUCAAGCAUCACCACUUACUUGUACAGUCACUCACUCACUGUACAAUUACGGUUGUCUAAGCCCGAAAUCUACACACCCACCACACACAUUACAUUCCCUUCCUACCUUACCCUUCUAUCAAGUGACGGCUGUUCCUCUCUCUGCCCCUACGCCUCUUCCGCGUGCCUGUUCCAGCCAAACGGAUACUUACUACCUACGUCUUUGUACCUCUUCCCCCCCAACCUUCAUCUGGACUGGGCUGGACUGGGCUUCCAUCUCAUGGAUCCAUAACCUGAUAAACCAUCCCCUCCAUCUUCUACUGUAGCAUCCAAUCUUCCCUUUUUUCCCGUCCCAACCCUUCUACUUUCCUUGCCGCUCUCUUCUUAUUCAUCCUUGGGGAAAAAAAAUAUUUACCUGCCUUUAUUUACUUGGCAUCCAUCAACCCAACUCUUGCACUUUGACAACACAGCUCUCUUCUACGAUACUAACAACUACCUGGGAGCGCCCACUCUUCCAACCUCUCCAACGUCGACUCAAAACUAUAUUAAAUUAUACUACAUUACACAUUUAGCUUUAACAUCGCUAUCAAAGCUCGUCUGAGCUCAAACAACAAGCCAUGAGCGGUGGCUCAACCGUCCAACGCAUCGAUGCUCUCGAUGCCUUCGCUCGAACCCUCUAUCUUCGCGCCAAACAAUCAGGUCUUCCAUUUACUGAAGUCGCGACUGCGGUUCGAAAUCUACAUAUAGCCCUGCGACAUCUGCGCAUCGAAGCAGCCGACCAAGAUUCAGUUCUCAGCAAUGUCCAAACCUCGUCCGCGUCCGUCUACAGUCGCCAGCUCGAGCCUCUCGUCGAUGACUGUGAAUUCACCCUCGGCCAACUUGAGCGUCAUCUAUAUAAGUAUGGCGAUGGCCGCGCUGUCAUGCCAGAAGAUGAGCGCCAGCGCGACCAAGAACUCUCUAUCAUCAAGCAUAAACUGGUUGGGGACAAGACGAGUGUAGAGAUGUUCCUCGACGCCGUUCAGCUGCAUGCCGAGAACAAACCCGCCAGGGUUGUUGAAGGCCAAGAGGGGCUUGAGAAAAUCAAGGAUGUGGUUGACGAAAUCGCCACUAAACUAUUCCGAAACCGCAACGAGGGCAGUUUUACUGACGACGAGGAUGGUCUUUGGCGCGAGUUCAAGAUCGAGCUCGAAGCUCAAGGGUUCUCCCCCCAAGUGCUACGCAAACACAAAGAUGUUCUACGAGCAUACGUUCGCGAACUCGAGUCCGUUCAGAACCAGUACGGCGGUAACUAUCCCACCGUGAGAGGCCUCUUGGAGCAUGAAGCAAGAUCACAGCCCACCUCGCCCCAAGAGCUUGACAGUAGUCCUUACAGAAAAUACCCACCCGUUAUUAUCACUGGUGGGCGAGGGCGGUCAAACAGCGACACCGCGCGAGAGCCUAUUUCGUCGUCCCCAAGAGAUGUCGACAAUGAAUCUGACUACUCCAUGGCAAUGGUGUCGACCCAGGAUCUCCUCGCCAUGGAUAACCUCAACACGCGAAUGGCAAAUCUGAAUGUCCAGGGCACCGACCAGUACAGUUUGUCUCCUGGACAUAGACAGAUGCCACCAAACAGUUUACCAGGUGUUGCAGAGUUAUCGAGCUCCCCAAUCACACGCCACAUUGAGUCAUCUCCACGCUCCAUGCCCCCCAUGCCUCAUUAUAUCAAUAGCGGGCCCCCCUCUUACGGGACCAGUCCCCGGAGCAGCGCUCCUCGACUUGCUCCUGAUCGAUGGGGUAAUGAGAUUCCUCCUGAUGCCCAGUGGACCAGAAUUAGACGGGAGCUAGUUAGCCCCGAGGUCCUUGAACGAGCUGGUGUGCGCUAUGAAGCUCGUCCAGACUACGUUGCAGUCUUGGGCCGUUUGACUCGAGAACAAGUGUCUGAGUUCGCCCGUGAAAGUGCUGCCUGUCGAGCUGCUCGUUCACGACGUGGUCCUCCGCCUCGCAAGCACGACCACCACUCUGAGCGGCGCGAUUCGAAGAGUAGCCGGGAAGACGAUGAUGAUGAUAGCGGAGUUUUCGACGAGACCGAUAUCUCAGACGAUGAGGAAGACAAGUCGUCUGAUAAAGGAACCAAGAGUUAUCCGUUUAUCGUCAAUCCUCCCACAAAGAACCCGACAUCUCCUUCGAGCACAACAAUGCCUAAGCCAAUUCUCAAGAACAAAAACGAAAACCACGUGCGCUUCGACCCAGAGCCGUACGAGGUUGACGCCCGAAGUCCCCGAUCAUACAGGGAUGAUCGCCAUCGUGAUCGUGAGCGCCGGCGACAGAGCCCUACCAGAUCAUCGCGACGUUCGCGAAGAUACUCUGAUAGCGCAGAUCGCCACUCACGAAGCGAUAGACAUGGCGACUAUUACUACGACAGCGGAAAGCGGUACCAUCGCGAGAGAGAUCGUGACCGUGACCGUGACCGUGACCGCGACCGCGACCGCGAGCGGGAUCGCGACAGAGAUCGCGAUAGGAGAAGCACCAGGAGGGAAGAUCGCCCUCAAGGAAAAAAGAAAUGGGGUGAAACUCUUGGCGCUGUUGGCAUUGGCGGUGCAGCCGUGAGCCUUUUGAGCGUCCUCGCUGAAGCAGCAUCUUGAUCUUCAACGGGCUGGUUCCGUAUCAAAUUACCUUUUCACUUCCCUUUGUCAUUUCCUUACUAUGACUUUGGUUUCCGUACUGCGUUUUUGGAUAUGUAACAAAGCCAACUGUAAGAUGAACUGGAUCACAGAACAAGAUGGGAACAGAGAAAACAAAGGAAAAGAGUUUGUCAUUUUUGUAUGCCUUGUUGGAACUUAUGUAUGCAGUUAUACCACGGAUGGCAUGUAUGUCUCCGACAGAGACUAUCAGGAGACUAUGGCAGGAUUAGAUACCCACGAUAAGAUGACACCAGAACAUAGCAGUUAUGAAUCAGAUUUUUGUUAUCAUUUGCCAU